GCCCUCAGGCCCUCGAGGCAGUGAAACCCAUCAGCCUUGUGGAACCCUCUGAUCUGGACACCUCUGAACCCUCCGUCCACCGCGCUGUUGAUCCCCCCUUCGGCCUAUUGCUAAAUUAAGACUUGUCUCCUGAAUACUGUCAAAUAUCUCUUCUCUGUCAUUCAUUCUCUUAUUCUUUUUUUCUAUAUCAUAGACCCAUAGAUUCAGUUGAUCCACUAAUCAGCCCUGAUAGACCCUCCCAUCCGACUCUAUCCUCACAAUUCUAUUAUCACCUCCAGCCGACCACCGCAAGGUCUACCAGUUCGGAAAUUGACUGAAUGUCUCGCGAGACCUCUCCUCGGCGAAUGGAAAUACUGUCACCGGUAGUAUAUUCUUGAGCACCUACUGUUUCGCGUCUUUGUGAUUGUAAGAGGAGGUGCGGGUUCUGCUGCUUGCGGCUCACAGCACCGAGCACAUCGCCAUUGUCGACCCCUGUUCCAAUACACGAGCCGACAGCUGCUUGAUAUCGCCUACAGGAGGAACGUGACAGCCCUCACACAAUGUCGCCGCAUUGUCCCGCGAACUUCACCACCACCAUAAACCGUUGGUACAUCGAUACCCGGCCAUAUGUGCCCCAACCACACAAUCCCAAGUCGCUCCACUCCCUCCCUUUGCUCUCGACCUUACAGCAUUCCGAUGAAGAAGCCAUUACUAGGUUUAUCCGCCCCGCUGACCGAUUCAUGUCCCUUGCAAGCGCCCUGCUAAAGUACACCUUCAUCCACCGCCGCGCGAAGAUCCCCUGGUCUGAGGUCCAGAUCUCACGAACACCAGCACCUCAUCGACGUCCGUAUUGGGAACCGCCCGAGAACUGGUCCACCACUGACAUUUACGACGACAGUGACCCUACUGAAGAAGAGUCUCGCCCGAUAAGAGGCCUUGAAUUCAAUGUCUCUCACCAAGCCGGCCUCGUCACCAUCGUCGGGUGCUCUACACCCACCCCCCAGCUUCCUUCAUCUGUCAUUCCGAACCCUGGUCCGCUCUCACCCACAGUUCUAGAUUCUCUGGCGCAAAUAGAUCUCUCUAGCCAUCCAACAUGCACAGCUUUUGAACAUCCUGAUCUCGUCCGCCUAGGAGUGGAUAUAGCCUGCACAAAUGAAGACAAGCGCACCCCCAAGGAUCUCACCACACAGUCCAAAUUCGACGAGUGGAUCGAAAUUUUCGCCGAGAUGUUCUCUGACCGCGAGAGACGCCACAUGCGUCAAAUGCCGAUCCACAUCCCCAUCAAAGAGCGCGAGGAAGGCGAGUGGGGAAGUGAUUCGAGCUCGUCGUCGGCUGCUUCCUCGCCGACAGACGGACCCGGCGGUGGAAACACCAAGUUCUUCCAGAAUCAUGAGGCCAGGAUCAUCAAUAUGAAGUUGCGCCGGUUUUAUGCGUAUUGGAGCCUGAAGGAGGCGUAUAUUAAGAUGGUGGGCGAAGGACUGCUGGCGAGUUGGUUGAGAGAACUCGAAUUCCUUGAUGUACAUGCUCCUCCGCCUCCACCAUUGCCCAAGCAUGAUGGGCCCCCGUCCACCGCCUCGAGUUACCAGCCAAAGAACAGCAGUAACACACACAGCAUUAUAGAGUCACAAGGCAUGCCCCUUCCUGCAUCUGCCGAUAUAUAUGCGCACAGGAAAUCCCUGGCGAAUGUUCCUUCUGUACCACCGGUCGACACAUCUAUUCCGAGUGGUGGGCGUGCAGCGGCACCCCCAGACAUGUACGCUAAGCGCGAAUCUGUUGAGAGCAUUCUCCCACCUCCCGGCUCAUCCUCCGACACGCACCGUCGAAAAUCCUCGGUUCCUGCUGCCGACAUGUAUGCGCAGAGAAAAGCAUCCUUCGCCUCCCCGUUGGAGGGCAAACCCAGAAAGCUCUCCAUACCUGCAACCACAAUAGCCCCGUCCCAUUCUCACGCGCGCAACCGUUCACACGAUUACCUCUCUCCCUUCGCAGACUCCCCCAGCACCCCUUCCCUUCUUGAACCACACUUCCCGGCGCCUUCAUCGCCCAACGGCAGCGGCACGGGACAUCAUCCUUCCCCUGUUGAAACCGCCAAGUGGACACCCCCGCAGCAAGCUGAAAGGGGCAUGACCACGCUGCUCCGCGGCAAGCGGGUCGAAGACGUACAGAUCGAGCUUGUGGCGUAUGACCAGGACUUCAUGAUCGCCACAGCCACGAGAGGCGUCAAGGAAAGACCGAUAUCGGGUGGCGAUGGCGGUGCUGGCUGGGGUGAAGGGAGUGGAUGGUGGUUGAGGUUGGACAUUGAGCAGGAUAUUAGACCCUGUGCCGAGGGCUGGUGUAGCUGUUUAGAAGAGUAGAACUCAGAUUGAGCAUUUCCCUUUCCUCCGUGUUCAAAGAAAGAGAAAAGGGAAGAGCAAAACGGGCAGACACAAUGAUGAUGAUGAUUCGUUCUUCUA